AUGCCUCGUUCAACCCGUCGCCCGGCCGCGGAUUGGGACCUGGACCUUGAUUUCGACGACGACGAUCCCUUAAGCCGUAAUCUGUACUGCACGAUCUGCCAUGGUCCAACUACCGGAAUAUAUCACGAGCGGGUGGAUAUCAUGCUCAACGACAACGCGACUGGAAGUAUCGAACAGCUCCCUGGCGUCAACCACGACGACGCCGUUUGGCUCAGCAAAUCGACGGUUGCGAUCUAUGCGGACUGUAUCAGCCCUCCGGGCGAAUACGAUUCUGGCUCGCGAUAUAUUCAAAAGGACGAUGAGGAUGCGUGGGGCGAAGAAGACGAAGAGGAAGAAGAGGACGAGGUGUUGAGAAAUGAGGAUGGCACGAAGGAGGUGUGGUGCCAGGACACCCUGCGCCGACCCAAUGGGAUGAAGUCGCCCCUCAAAAGCCACGAAUUCGUCUGUGACAACAAGGACCAGCUCCUCGCCCACGAACAAUGCAUCUGGCUCGCGUACGCCUGGGCACGGGAUGCUCACCCCGACUUCUUUCCGGACGAUCCCAUGCUAAACCCCGCCCAUUUCCUCUGGGGACGGACAGGUCCUCGGUGUCGCUGGUUUUAUGAUUCCGAAAUCGCCGAACAAGAAGAUGAGGAGAUCCAUGAACAGCGAUACGCUUCAAGGCAGGCGGAAUGGGCGAGAUCGGAGCGAGCGAAGAAGGCCGCGAUCGCAGCAGGGGCGUGCUCCGCCAACGCGCCGAAGCCCCUCAAAGGCUUCCUCUCCAAAUUCAAAUACGGCUACGCUGCCGACGACGCAGAGGGGCAGCGCUGGAUGCGCGGGUGCAAGGAGUGGAUCUACCUCCACAAACCGGAUUUCGACACGACGCACCUUAAACGCCCGGAUCGGUUCCCGCGCGUUUACGGGCUGCCCGUCGACACACCGAGCCCCCCUUCUCGACUCCCCUUCCUGUUCCAGGGUCCCCGGGAGAUCAUCGGCCUCAUCCUCUCGGAGAUCGACGACGACACCAUGCUCGCUCUCGAGUGUGUGUCGCGCGAGUGGCGCGACUUCCUCCGCUGCCGGUUCGCUCAGCGUUACAUUUGGCUCUCCCGCGCCGAAAAAAGCCACUUUGUCCCGACCGUUGCCGAUUGGACGCGGAGCGCGGAUGCCGUGCGCGAAAUGUUUGACUCGGCGGAGGGGAGAGCCUCGGUUGACUGGCGGGGGUACUACGACGACUGCCUGCGGAGCCCCAACAUGCAAAACCGUGCGCGCAUAUUCCGCUCCGUCUGGGCUAUAAGCCAUCAUCUAGGUCAUUGCGAUUGUGCCGACGGUUCUCCCCUGUGUUCGUAG